AUGGACGAUUGGGACCCCUUUGCCGAUCCAGGUGACGCGGAGCCAGCACCUGCCGCGAAGGCUCCGGCCCCAAAGCCGAUCAGCGCAGUGGUUCGCAAAGCCGAUGACAUCUUUGCUGCACUGAGGGCUGAAGCAGAAGAGGAGGAGAAGGCUCCCGCUGGAAGCGGAGCGGUGGAUGUUCAGCAGAGACUGGACACGCUUUUUGGGAUGGAUGACGAGGAGGUGGAGCUGCUGCGGCAGGAGUUCGCAGGUGUCACUGCUGACUGUGGCGGCCAACACUUCUUCCCCAUGUGGCGCCGGGCCUUGCCCCUCCUUGAGAAGACCGAGGCCCCAUGCAGCAAUUUGCUAGGGCUGAUGAUCGACGACUGCGUGGGCCUUUUGGCCGAUCCCAGCAGCAACGGGAAGCAAGCGGUGCAUGUGGCGCUGCCGGAGGGCAAAGCAAGCAAUGAGGUGGUCUUCGUCCUCGCAUGGGGAGGGGGCAGUCUGAUGGACAUACAAGAUUUGGUGGAGGUCUAUCGCGAGAUCAUGCCGGGCUGCACCAUUUUCAUGUCCACCAGCAACCAGAAAAACAGCUUUGGUCUCCGGCGCCAAUGUGCUGUUGGAAUUCGAGCUGCUACGGACGCCUGGGCGUCAAGUUCCGCCAAGCCAAAGCUGUUAGUACAUCUCUUCAGCAAUUCCGGCAUGCACACCUGGACCGAGCUCUUGCAGGCAUGGGGGUCGUUGAGUUCCAGCGCGAACCUCGAGGAGCAAGGUAUUUCCCUUGCGAUGCCGCUGCCGCCCAUUGCAGAAGUGCUCCGAGGGGUGAUCCUGGAUUCGGCCCCGGAUGGCUCCGUCCCGCUGGACGCCUGCAUCCAGAGCCUGGUGCAGUCCGUGGCGGCCGUGGUGUCGCUGGCGGUCUCCUCGAACCAUGAUGGCUCGGAGGAAGCAAGGAAGGAAGCUGAGAUCAGCAGCAAGCGUGCAGUGUCGGCCAUCAUUGCUGGGAGCUCUGUGGUGAAGGCGCAUCUCUAUCGGAAGCCGGCGAAGAUGUUGACCAAGAAGGCGAGCGCGGACACGGUGGUGGUGCACUCACUGGAGCCUCCAGUGCCCAUGCAGUUCAUCUACUCCAAGGAUGACAAUAUCAUUCUGGCGCCUGGCGUCGAACGGUAUUUGCAGGAGGUGAACGAGCGGCCGAGCCGGCAGGGCUUGGCCAAGCCACGUGUAUGGUGCAUCGAGAAGUCCAGGCAUUGCAUGCACAAGCUCUCUCGCCCCGAAGAAUACAGGAAGUGCCUCACGGUCUUUGCCCAGAGCACCAUGGGUUGA